GAAGAAGAAGAGCAGGAACCGUUAGCUUUUGUUCAUUUAAUAGAAGACUCCACACGGUUCUGGUUUUUGGGGUAAAUAUGUGAACAUUUGAUAGUAAAAUGUCUUCGAUUGAGCCUCAUAGAGAAAUGAUCAACGAGCCUUUGACUCCAGAUGAGGAAACAUCAUCUGAUUUUAAAGAAGUUAUAAAAUCCGAGGAGGAGGUCAUUGGCCAUAGCAGACUGCUGGAUUUUAGCCGCCGGACACCCCUGGUCAUUUUACAGCGAUUAGAUCUUUCACAAUAUUGUGUGUAUAAGGAGGAGGAGGAGGAUCUCCUUGGGUUCAGCCACCAAACAGAGAACUCCAUUAAAUUUAAAGAAGAACCAGAACCUCUGCAGAUAAAACAAGAACAAGAGGAAGUAGAAUAUCGACAGAUCAAACAGGAAGACAACCAACUCUGCAUCACUCAGGAUGAAGAGCAGAUUUUGCUGAAAGAGGAGACAGAAAACAUUUUGAUCAUUUCUAAUGUGAAAAGUAAUUACAAUGAAACAGAACCAAAGAGGUACCAGCUCAUCUGUCAGGCAUCUUCGGACGUUGGGAACCAGGAUCAGGAGGGAAGGAAUUCUGAAGACCAAGAAAAAAUAAGAAAUGAAGCGAAGAAAAAAGAUCAGAGAUGCCAGAAAACAGGACAGCAGAAAGGUACUAAUGACAGCUCAAAACAAAAAACACUGAAGGAAACUAACCCAGAUAAUGGUUCCCUUUCUCAAAACACUGAUUUCUCUCAAGAAUUGACAACUCACACAGGGAAGAAGCAUUUCCCAUGUAAAACCUGUGGAAAAAGUUACAGUCACAAACGUGGUUUAAUUAAUCACAUCAGAACUCACUCAGGCGAUAAACCUUUCGCAUGCCCCUUUUGUGGUAAAAGUUUCUACCAGAAAUGCCUUUUAAAGAUUCACAUGAGAGCCCACUUAGGCGAGAAACCUUUUCUGUGUGCAACAUGCGGAAUAAGUUUUUGUCAUAAACGUACUUUAGUUUAUCACAUGAGAACUCACACAGGUGAGAAGCCUUUCGAGUGUAUUACUUGUGGAAAAAGUUUCAGUCGUAAAAGCCAUUUAACAAACCACAUGAUAACUCACAUGGUCGAGAAGCCUUUCACAUGUUCAACCUGUGGAAAGGGUUAUAAUGAAAAAAGUAGCUUAACCUAUCAUAUGAGAAUCCACACAGGCGAGAGGCCUUUCACAUGUAGUAUUUGUGAAAAAAGUUACCGCCAUAAAGGCAGUUUAAGGCAGCAUGUGAGAGCUCACACAGGUGAGAAGCCUUUUGCGUGUACAACUUGUGAAAAAAGCUUUGUUUGUAAAAGCCUUUUAUCAAGUCACAUGAGAAUCCAUACAGGGGAGAAGCCUUUUUCAUGUGUGACCUGCGGAAGAAAGUUUACCCAUAGAAGCAGUUUUGCUGUGCACAUGAAAACGCACAAAGAUGAGAUGGCAUAGUGUGCUCCUUUCUCACUGAAAGUACUGGCAUUAAAGUACCUGGAUAUUUAUUUUACCCAAGUGAAAUUUGUGUGCUUUUUUUGUGUUAAAUGCUCUUAAAGGCCGCAGAGGGCUUAUAUAAUGCAGACUUAUGAUAUGUAAGAAGGUUAUUAAGAAUACUGUACAAUACUGAAUGCUGGAAAUUUUGUCAAAUUCAGUUCUUUCCCAUUUUAAUCUAGUUACAUUCUUAAGAUUAUAAUCAUAUUUUUAGUCCAGAACUGUAUCUGGGUAAGUGUUAGCACAAUAUUCAAGCCAUUAUGUGGAAGAGCUGAGGUCCAAUUAAGUCAGUCAAGUAAAUUAGCCCUUCUAUAGAAAAAUCUGUAAUGUUCAUAUUUAUCAUGGAAUACCAAAGGGUCAAAACAAGGUGUGUGCAUAUUCUGAUGAUUUGUAUAUAAAUAUAUAUAUAUUAUAUAAUAUAAAUUCUUCUUGUCAUAUCUAGCUUAUUUUGUUGCCAUUUUUUGAUGGCCCCAUUUGUACCAGAUGAUGGCGCUAAUAACCUGUCUAUUACCUAAUGUGCCCCUGGUGCUGGAUGAAAAAAAUACACAGUUUGACUCAUUAUGAAUACCUUAAAUUGUUAAGGACACUUAAGCAAUAGUGGAAGUGCCUCAGUGGUUGCCAUAAGUGCAAUCCGAGUAAAGUUGGUAGUUAUGUAAGGACUAGGACUAGUUUACAUAGGGACUUCAAGAUGUACCUAGAAGCUAUAUGGUUUCCAAUCUUUUGAGUGAAAGUAGGUAUAAGCACAGCCCAUCUCACAGAGUAUAACCAAAAUAUGUUGUUCCUUUGUAUGUUCUGUGUGAUACUUAAGAAUUUCCUCACCUUCAUAUGGUUUUGGUUCUAUGAUGAAGGACUUUAGCUAUGAGCUACAUUUGUCUAACUUUUUUUGUAGUUCUUUCCAGAAGGCUGUAGUUCCAAUUUGACCAGUGUCAUUCAUUCCUGUAUUGUAACCAUAUUUGAAAGCUGAAGAAUGUCUGGAUUCAAUACAGCAGUCUGAAGCUCCUUUCCUACCUUGAAUAGUCUUCUUACUGUUGAUCUCGCAAAAGGUGAAGGGAUAGGACCUAGGAAAAGGAUAUAAUAAUUUGAGGUAAAUGGAUCAAGCCAUACUCAGCUUUAAACCUGUUCCAAACAAAGCUAAGUUAACUGGCUCAUUUGCCAUAGCAAUCAAGUCAGGCUCUGUCUGCUUUAUGAGACUGUAAUGACAAAAAUAAGCCAGACUUGAAUAACUAAGUCUGGCUUAGAAAUGAAGCUAGCUUUAUGAAAGACCACUCUGAAAAGUUUUUGUCUGAAUAUUUCCAUUGAUUUCUUUUCCAAUCUUUUAUAAAUUUUAACGUUUAAUCCAAAUGUGUAUUUUCCAGUCUCUACAGACUUGUUGUAUAGUGGAAAAUGACUAAAUACAAGUUCUAAGUACACCUGUAUCCAUAAAAAACGUACACAGAAGUCAGUUUGCCAUUGUGGUCUUUUUCUGUUAGUUUACCAUCUGAUUGUGAAUUUCUCAAAAGGUUUAUAAAAACCUUCUACUUUAGUAUUUUUUUUAUCACCUUUAAUAAUUUGUGAUUUCUCUUUUUAUUGCUGCCUUCGUUGACUGAAAUAAUUUCGGUGAGAAACAUUUUGCAACCAUCUAUCAAUCUCUAACAUAACUGGAGAAAUUUUGGCCCUCUCUUUACCUAAAGCUGUGAAAUGUUUUUGGUUGGUUGUUUUCAGAAUCUCAUACAGUUCUAAAUAUUAGUUUUAUUUACAUUUACAUUUCUUAGUUUAAAUUUAUAUUUACUCAUAUAUUUUAUACACUUUAUUGAAGAGGUUUCUGCUUCGUGGAGCUGUGUCCAUUAGCCGAAUUCUUCCCUGAGUAUGACUUCAUAUUUUAAUUUAAUUCUUAAAUUCUAUCAUAUACCUCAGGCUGCAGUUUGCAGACAAGAGGAAAGGAGAUAAUUUUAAAGAACUUCAGAUAAAGUUUAAGAAAAUAACAAGAAGAUUUAGAUUUAAGCAUACUUGGUUAAGUAAUACAAAAUAAAAAAAACACAAAAAAAAAAUAUUUGCAAGCUGCUAAUAAACAGGCGAAGAAGAAAAACAAGCUUUAUUUUAGAUGUACAGCCUAUAAAGAAAGUAUCAGAAUUCAAAUACCAGAGUUUGUCAUUGGGUAUCAAAUGCACACGAAGAGGCAAUCCCUCAUGUAGAAACCUGUUGAAAUGAGUUUCUUACCGACCUGAUUAAAUAAAACUAAAAACAACGACCAUGGCAAAAACCUCCCACAGUUGACUAGAUUUGCCAUGGCUACUUUUUCUUUAUUCACAAUUAAAAAGAAUAACAAACAUAAAAUAUUUUGGAGGAGAAAUAAACCCAUGUAAUCUCAUUGUAACAACACAAAUAUCCUGUUGUGUUUUGGUCAUGGUAUAAACAACAGUUAUCUUCCAGCUGGCUUGGAGCUCAUCUGCUUGGCUGUGUGUUUCCUGGAUGGGGCCGCCUGUGGAGCUGGUUGACAGUUGCCUUUUGUAUCUCUGCUUCUUUCUGUAUGUCUGCUUCCGUCUCCUUG